AUGUCUACGAUCGAGAAAAUCCCCGUUGACUAUCGGCUUGAAAUCACAUGCUACGCAGAUCCGUGGAUAUUCAGCCCAGGCGAGGAAGUCGAGAUCAAAGUCUCCUGCACAGAAACAGAGUAUUCCUAUCGCACCGUUCGAGUAAUUCAGGGUGUAGACCAGCCACACUCGCCUAAGCAAAAACUUGAGGAAGUUGUGGGCAUCCCCAGCGGUACAUGCAAGGGCAGAUUUCAAGUUGGUCGAUGUGGACCAUAUGCUAUCGUGCGAGACUGGGUUCGCUCGCAUAUCACCGAUGGAUUGGAAGUGUCGUUGUACUUCCAGCCGCAUGUCGUCGGACCGGGCAACAAAUGGACUCAGUGCAUCAUCUCGAAUCUUGAUGUGUCGACCAAGACAGGAUUUGCAGUACUGAUAAACUCCGAAGGUCUCGUUGAGCUCUGGAUCGGCAAUGCACAGAGCAGUGUGUUCAUCGUCCUGGACCCCAUUCCCCAUGUUGUUGAAAAGAUUCCACCGACUCUAAGACUUGAAUUCGCGCUAUCAAAUCCUUUCGUGUUGAAUCCAAGCCCGCACUCAUCACUGAUCCUUGCUGGGAGCUACGCCAAAUCGCCCUUCAUUGAAUCUAUUCGCGUGACGAAUUUCUUCAACGGGCGAAUUCAUAGUCCAAUGAUUAAGUCUUUGGCGACAGGGAUUCUAGUUCAAUAUGACUUUGGGCGCUACAUACCAGAAGACACAAUUAUUGACAUUUCAGGGGCUGGCCAUCAUGGUAUUCUCGUGAACGCGCCAACACGAGGAAUUUGUGGAUACAAUUGGGAUGGCACGGAGGUUGCCUGGACGAAGGCGAAAUAUGGCUACGGAGCAAUUCUUUCCACGAAGAAGAUUUGGAUGAUGCGGCGGGUCUAUGCUGUUGAGGUGAUAGCCAAUCAAGCUGCCGGGCGCCAGUUGAUAUCGGAUAUGAUCAAUUUCAUCGUUCGGACAACAGAUCAAAAUGCAACGGCUACUAAUCCAAAGAUCGCACUUGUGUUGCCAACUUUCACCUAUCUGGCAUAUGCCAAUGAUAAGCUUGGUCUGUCGACGUACGACGUCCACAGCGAUGGUUCUGGUAAUGCGUAUUCGACCUCAAGGAGACCUAUCAUGAAUUUUAAGCCAGGGUUUCUCUCUUACGGGCUUGGCCGGCCUCGACAUCUCAGUGCUGGAUCGAUGAUGAUUGGGUUCUUGGAAUAUCAUAAUCUCCCUUAUGACAUACUUACCGAUCACGGCCUUCAUCUUCACGGAGUCUCAUGUUUACUCCCUUAUGCUACAGUUAUCACCGGAGGCCAUCCUGAAUAUCCUACCUCUGAGGUGUAUAAUUCUUAUGACAACUACGCCAAAAGAGGAGGAAACCUGAUGUAUCUUGAUGGUAAUGGGUUUUACUGGGUAACUGCGUCUGACGCAGCGCGAUCAUGGCGUAUCGAAGUCCGCAGAGGAGAACUGGGGGGUCUCUGGCGAUCACAGGGGGGCUCUUCCCAUGCUCUGUUUGGGGUUGCAUUCUGUAGCCAGGGGAGGCCACCGGGUGUUCCCUAUAAGAGGACAGAGGCGGGCGAUAAGCCAGAGUUCGAUUGGCUGUUCAAGGACAUUCCAAAGGGAGAAUUGAUUGGUGAGUAUGGACUUGGUGGAGGUGCUAGUGGGGACGAGUUGGAUAGCUUUGACAUCGAACAAGGAAGUCCUGUCCAUGGCGUCAUUGUGGCUACAACCACAGGACAUCCAGAUGGGUUUGGAAUUGCCAGUGAGUGUGCAAAGUAUCCGAUCCUCGCGACAAGAGGAAGCGAGACAAGAGACAUUCGCUCAGAUAUGGUCUAUUAUGAGACCAAGGGUGGUGCAGUGUUCUCAGUGGGAAGCAUCAAUUGGUAUCCUUCAUUGGCAUGGGAUGGCUACAAGAACAAUGUAGCCCAGCUGACGCUGAAUGUGAUCGCGGAGUUUUUGAGUAGGUCGAAACGUGGAGGCCAGAUGUAG